AUGUCAGACGGAACCCAAAAGAAAUUUGCAACCACGCGCAACAAACGAAGCUGCAAACGAUGCAGUGAGAGGAAGGUGCGAUGCGAUCGAAACAGUCCGUGCGCUGUAUGCGCCAAGGCAGGGGAUUUGUGUACCUUUCCAGGCCCUAGACGCGCUCCACGGACAAUCAACCGACCUCCGGUAAAGGCGCUGGUUGCACGCUUGGCCGAGCUAGAGACAGAAGUCCAACAUCUUCGGUCAAAGUAUCACGAUUUAGAUAAAGAUGAACGGCAGUCCAACAAAUCCUCUACUUUGAGAGACAAUCAAAGUCUUCAUUUGUCACGAAUUGACCCAGGUCUUUUUGAUCUACGAAAGGGAGGCUUCCUUGGGUACAACAGUCCCGUGUGGUCCCAUGAUUCAUUUCGACAACAUUACCUUCAGCCUCUACAUAUCGAGACUUUAUGGCGCACAUACCACAAACGUGUUGCGCCCCUAAUUGCGCUUCUUCAUCUACCCACCACAGCCCGAAUUGUGCAGGAUGCGUCAAAAGGCCUAGACAUUGAUUCUUCUAGUGAAGCACUUUUGCUAUCGGUUUGUUUCGCUGCCAUAGUCAGUCUGUGUCCAGGUCAGUUCCAGUCGGAGUUGGGCCUGGAAUACCACGAAGCAAAAUCAGCCUAUGAGCUCGCGCUAUACCAAGCGUUGAGCCGAGCCGACUUUAUCAGAUCCCCUGGGUUAUUAACUCUCCAAGCUGCUGUCCUCCAUCUCCUCUGUGCCCGCGUGGAUGGAGAUACAAGACUUGUUUGGUUUGAGUCUGCCGUCGUGAUCCGCCUUGCACAGUCGCAGGGUAUCCACCGCGAUGGAAAGAAAAUCGGCCUGUCGCCAUUUGACACCGAGAUCCGUCGACGUCUAUGGUGGCAUAUUUGCAUCCUGGACAUGCUGUGCUCAGAAGAUCAAGGUAUCGAUAUGCAGAUCAGACCCGGGACAUUUGAUGCCCAAUUUCCAGUCAACGUUGACGGAGACGAGCUUGAACCGCUCAUGCUCGAGCUUCCGCCUGAGAGAAAUGGGUUCACGGACAUUGCCCUGUGCAUUACAACAUCUUUUAUGAUCAAGGAAGUGCAUUUAUCACCACAGCUCUUGGAUCCAGUCACUUCGCUAGAAGACCGGGAAGAUCACAUCAAAUCUGUGGGGAAAACUCUCCAUGAACGAUAUCUCAAUCAUUUCAACCUCGGCAUUCCAGCACAUUGGGUAUUGGCCACAAUCACUCGCCUUCACUUGUCAAAAUCAUGGGUCACGUUGCAUUCACAAUUUUCAUCCUCAAACUCAGGUGAACAGAAAUCGCAAUAUGUGGACUCGGUGUUUCUGACUGCCAUUGAGCUUGUCGAAUUCGCAUAUUUUCUGCAAACCAAUGAUGUUACCGCACAAUGGAGCUGGCUCUGUAGGAGUUACAAGCAAAAGGAUACCAUUUCUUACAUUCUCGACGAGUUAAGCUAUCGCCUACCUAGUCCUGAGACAUAUCGUGCUUGGGAGGUGGUGACUAAGACAACUUCCCUGUGGAGACAAUGUCCCCUCGGCACUGCUGCGGAACCCGAAACGCCUUUGCUCGAGCUGAUCCAGCGUGCUGAUCUGCUACGAGAAGAGAAAUUGGAAAGAGAGAUGUGUGUUUCGGGGUCAUGCACAAACCCAUCCACUCUUGCAUGGCUUCAAGGAAUCUGGCCCUACCAAGACAUUGAAGAUAUUAAUGAGCUAUGA